AUGAUGGACGAAAUGGCGCGCCAUCUGAGUCUCGAGAAUAUUCGCGCGGCUCUCUCAGUACUCGUAUCCUGGCGGACCCUGGCCCUCCUCCUAGCGAUCCUCAAUCUCAAGAACCUCCCCUUCGUCUGGCACGUCCGCCUAGCCCGACACUUCCUCUCAAACAUCCGCUGGCGCCCCGACUACCCAUUCUUUCCCAAAAACAAAGCCCUGACAACCUCAACCGGAAAACCUACGCAUCCUAUCUUCGUCCCUUACGCGAUAACUACCACAACAUCUCUUCUCGAAACAGAUUACAACUUGCACAAGUCUAACAGCACCUACUUUUCUGAUCUCGAUGUCUCCCGCACUGCCCUCGUAACCCGCCUCUACAGCCCCGGUGUCGGAUUAACAAGCAAAGAGCUCGAUAUUGAACUUGCGGAAAAGGCGCGCGCGGAGGGCAAGACCCCACCGCCACGGAAGAAUAUGUACAUCGCUCUGGGGUCCGUCUUUUGCUCCUUCAAGCGCGAGAUCAAGCCCUACACGAAGUAUGAAGUCGAGUCUCGCGUUCUGGGCUGGGACAAGAAGUGGAUGUAUAUCUUAAGUUUCUUUGUUAAGCCAGCAGCGAAGAACGGCGGGAAGAGGAUGCUUUAUGCGACGGCUAUCAGCAAGUAUGUCGUUAAGAAGGGACGGCUCACGAUUCCGCCGGAGAGGGUGUUGCGUAAGAGCGGGUUCCUGCCGGAGCGGCCGAAGGGUCUACCAAUGCCGGGUGACUCCUUGGAAUCUACUGCUGCAUCUGGCACUGGAACACCGUCUGGAAUUACAGCGACUGCCAGUGGUGUGGAUGGGUCACUGGUUCGUGAGGUGCUGAAGUUGGAAGACGGUGAUAUUCCGGAGAACGGAAAACUAGAGGCGGAGAAGAAGGCCAACGCAGAAUCUUGGGAUGGUGAUGAGUGGACUUGGGAGCGCAUCGAGGAGGAGAGGGUACGUGGAAUGGCCGUUUUGGAGGGAUUCUGUGGUUUGGAUGAGAGAUUGGCGGGGGAGUGGGAUGAGUAG